AUGCAGAACCUGGAUUUUGAAGCUUUCCACAUAUCAGGAAAGAGAAACAUGACCGACUAUUUAUCACGACACCCUCUUCUAGAAACUGGCAAAGACCUUAUUGAGAAGCAUGUCAACGCAGCGAUCCAAGCAGAUCACGCCAUAGUCUGGUCGAAAAUCAAGAAAGCCACGGCAGAAGACAAGGAAUUGUGCGAACUGACCGAAACGAUUGAAACCGGAAAUUGGAGUGAAGCAAAGCAGUUUUUGAAACCCUACUACGAAGUCAGACAUGAACUCUUUGUCGCGGAUAGAGUAAUCAUGCGAAUGGACCGUAUUGUACCACCCCAGUCCCUGAGGCAGAUAAUCAUCCAGUCAGCUCACAAGCAAGGACAUCUCGGAGUGAAUAAGACGUAA